AUAACAUCUUUGGUGGAGCGAAUGCUGCUUAAUCACAGCGGUUAUAAGAGAGGAUGCUUCAGAUUGCUAGUUUGCUUCAUUGCUAAGAAGCUAGCAAGCCUACGGAGUUGGGCGUCUCUGAGGCGUUUUGUUAUCCUAUCCGAAUUCUGGCUCGUCCCGCCUACUCUGUGGUGAUUGGUUAACUGCACACCCUUCGCCGAACGACGACCUUUGCAGCUGGAAGAACUUCAGUGAAACCCUCGGACCCUAGUCCUUCACCUACAUCCUGUUCCACUUCCUUCAGGGAAUUUUACUUAACGAGGCCUCAAGGGACGGCGAACAGCGUGGGUGUGAAACGUGGACUCCGGGCGAGACCUGGGCGGAUUAACACUUAUACUGAGAAAUAACACAUGAAGAAAGGAAGGCGGUUUUGUACGUACUCUUAACUUGAAGGAGUUAUAAACCAAUGAGAAUGCAGCUUGAAUAAAGUAUCCUGUGCUCAAGGUGCAUGAGCGAGUGAACAAACAAUGGCAACGGUGAAAACGCACGAACAGGGACUGAUGAAAUCCUACGGCGUUACUUCCUGUCCCUCUUCCUCACGUGAGGUCUUGCACUUUUAAUCUGUGAGCGUGUUGCCCGUGAGCUUUGUGUCUGCCUGACAUGCACAGAUGGGACGCUUUAUUGUGUUCAGUUGCCAUCCCACUGGAACUGAACCUUCGCCUAACUUCUUAGCCAAUCAGAAUAAGGGCUCAUGAAUAUGCAUAAGUGCGUGUGCACUACUGUGUAAACCCCGCAGCCCUGCGAUGGAUGCCAAGCUUCGAGACGAUCUGUUCCGGAGGUACGUGGCCUUCCUGGAGAAGAGGCUCGAAGAAGGAGUGGGCGGAGCUCAGGGGAACGUGAGGGAGGAAGCCCUCGUCUCCACGGCAACUGCCCUGCUGGGGGCAUGCGAGGCAGAGGCGGGGCAGCGGUUUCGCACAAUCCGCUUCUAUGACAUUGUCGAGAAUUCACUAAGAAUGCUGAAGGGCUCCAACCUGCAUGCGCUGGAGAGCGCCUUCGCCACGCUAGAGACCGUCUGUACAAACCUGCUGCUCUUCCCCUGGAAGAAAGAGUUCCGCUGCAUUAAGAUGUUCACCGGGCCGUACGUGUACCAGCUCCAGUCGGCCAUCUGCGACUCCGAUCUUCGCGCCAUCCUGCGCUCUUUUGGCUACUCUCGAGAUCAGGAUCUGCAGUAUGUGAUUAGAGAUCAGCACACCGGCUCCGGGGCCCAUCACCUCCGCCAGCUGGCGUUCGAGCUGCUCCUGGCGCAGGCUGAGUGCCGCCUAUUGAAGGAGCGCGGAGGGGGCGUGGCUGAGCUGGAGGCUGUGGAGGUGCGUAGGAACUCCGGCGACGACGUCGCGCGUUUAUCAGCUCGCCAGAUAGACCUGGACCGCGCCCACCUGAGGCGCAGCGGACGUCCUUCCAAAUCCGUAGACGUGACUGACAGCGCAGGUCACUGGCACCAAGCCAAUAAACCCGUCCUCAAAACCUCACUCAGCCUCCGCAAAGAGCCGCUAUUCGUAGACGCCGAAGAGGACCUGAAAGACGAGAUCAUCCGCCCUGUCGGAGAUUAUUACCCCUCUCAGCCGUCCGAGCCGUACUCGUACCACCUCUCCUCGCUAGACGAGAUCGAUCUGUAUACGGAGCGAGGGAUGAGCGGCCGUCACACACCUUCCAGGACGCCCAGUAGGGAAUCUUGGGAAUCCUGGGCGCCAAAGAGUCACGGAUUAAAGUGUCAGGGCUGCGGAUUGAGCUCGCUGACUCUCUCUUCCUGUCAGAGGUGCGACGCCAUCCUCUGCCCGACGUGCCACGGCUCGGACCCCGCCCCUUGCUGCGGUUUUCCGGACUUCCCCAAAAAUCCCUCGCGCCCUCUGGACGGCUACCUGCCGGUCAAGGAGAAGCUUUCGGUUUAUUCCAGUUCGCACCCACAUGCUCAUGCUCACACACACACUCACACACACCCGCUGUCACACUCGCAUUCCCACUCGCCUCAUCUGGACAAGCCAGCGAUCGGAGCCAAGUUGUUCCAGAGCAAACCGCCGUCCGCGUCAGGAGCGUCAGCGGCGUCCGCCCCCGGAGUGUCGCGCUGCGGCUUCUGUAACAAAACCGGAGCCUCGCACACGUGUGUAAAUUGUUCCAAGGUGUCGUGCGACACGUGUACAGGUCUUUACAUGGGUGACGUCUGCACACGCAAGAGCCUGCACCACAACUUCGUACCCAACCACCAGCUCAACUACAAAUCCAGCACCAUUUCUCAUCUGGUGUAUCGAUAAAUAAACAACCUUUCUGUUCUUUUAGAUUUCUCCGCCUCCCUCAUCGCACCGUCUCGUCCUUCUUCCUGCCCUUUACCUUUUACUCUCCUGCCUUGACUCUGUUGAUCGUAAAGAGAGAAGAACAAAACGGACGACGGAGGGAAAAGAAAAAAAAACUGACGAUGACAUAUGCAACCUACGUUACGCAAAAGAUGUGAAAUCUCCCGCUUCUGGAGAUGUAAAGAAGCUUGAACAAACCCGAACACACACACACACACACACACACACUGGAAAUUCAGUAGUAUAUAUUUUGAAUCUUAAAUCUAUAGAUCUAUGUGAGACUCUGGAACAGUUCCGCCGUCGUGACGUGUCGGUCCGGAUGAUAAAUAUUUUCACGUGUCCCACGAAGCCGUCCAAAAUGCUGCUGUGAAAUAAAUCAGGUGGAGAAAGUCGACGCCCCGAUCGCACCGACCGUGUUGGAGCGAAGCCGCGACGUGCUGCACAGAGACAGACUUACCUUUCUUUCCUUCCUUCCUUCCUUCUUUCUUUCUUUAUUUAUUUCUUCUCCCAACUUAUGCUGCAGUUUUUUGCCGACAUCCAUCUGUUCUGUCAGUUAGGGACAAAAUAUUAUUCAGGACCUUUUAACAAUGAACUAAACUCAUUUAAUGACCCGCUUCGUUAUCGGCUUUAAAAAAAAAAAAAGGAGUCGACGGACGGGUACAAAUAAAAAAACGCUGUUUACCCUUUUAAUAUCUUACCCUUUUUACAAAUUAAAGAGGACAAAAUAUCAUUUCAUCCUUUUUCACACUUCCCACUUAAACUGUUCUACGUUUAAUAAGUGAAAUAAAACAGAAGACUUAAUAAAAUCCUAA